CAGCCUUGAGGAUCCUUUAAAAGAAGCUUCUUUGGAUUCUGAAGAAAUUGUGGAAAGCUACUUGUUGGAGACGCUUGUUGCAGUUAGCAGUUGCUUGAAGAAAUCUCACGGCAUACAUAUCCUGAAUGUACCUGAAUUUACCUAACUAAAAUCAUGAUGUUGUGGAUUUCCUGCAUGCUUAUUGGCUACAUAACCUGUCAUCCUAUACAACAAGCUGCUGCUCCACGCUUCAUGCAUUGGCCACCCCCUUCUAACUAUGGGUAUUGGGGAAGAGGGGCGAGUUCUGACCUGGGCAGCAGCUCCCAUCUACCAGGUGUACCCGUACCGAGAUCGAACAAAGCUCCUGAACUUCCUGCUCUUCAAGAGGCCAGUUCCAGUGCUGGCCCUGGCAAUUACAGGGCUCCAGAUUUCUACCGCAGCCCUAACAUGGCUGUGGUUAAAGAGGACUAUGCUAGUUUAAGGGAUGAGCGCUAUAACAUUCCUGUGGUUCGUGAACCUGAGGUUGCUUAUGCAGCGUAUAGAUAUGACACCAGUGCUCCAGAGGACAAUGUUGGUAGCUAUUAUAAUUUAAAAGAUGCUAGUUUGAUGGAUGGGCGCUAUAACAACCCUCAGGUCAGUGAGGUUGCAUAUGCAGGGAAUGGGUAUGACAGCAAUGCUCAAUUUGUCGGCUAUGGUAGCUCCGCUAGUACUGAAGUAGGGGGUGGUUUGAGCUCUGAACCUGCUGGUGAAGAGGAACCUGAGCCAGUCUUCAGCGAGGUGGCUGGUCUGGAGCCAGUCUCCUCCUUUAGCUCGCGUUCGAGAUACCAACGCAAAAGGUCACAAGCUGCUCAAACCCGCUACAUCCCAGGAGAGCCUGUUCCCUGGCCCAUGCCACUACCCAGACACAACGGCAACCCCAGGGAAAGUGCUGCUGGUAACGCUCAAAGCAAAUAUGUCUUCUAAAGACCUUGCUGGUCUUCAGUUACAGAUGACUGACUGCUGCUUUUCUUAAUGUCAAUAUACCAAUAAACUGUGCUUUCACAAAG